GUGCGCGCACGCCUAAGGUGGUUGGUUGGCGGAGGAUAUAUUGGAAGAGGCAGAUAAACCUCCCCAGAGCCAUUAGAACCAUUCCACGCUGAGAAGCAACAUCCCUCACUAUUCCUCUUCCCCUACUACGAAUUCACUGUUGUUUGCCUCGCGACCUACAGGAGUUCUGCAACAGAAGGAGGAAACGGAGCGAACCAUUCUGCUUGGAGGAGGGGGGUUCCUGUCAGUGAGUUUCCCGGGCCAGCUGCGUCGUGCUCCGCCGCUCUCAGUCACACGCUGUUCAGCACUGGGCUUGUAAGCUGAGCGCUGAAGCAACAGGAGGCUGAGCAGCGACGCUCCUCUUCUUCAGCCGAUUCUCCGCAGCAGCGAGGGCAGCCGCCUCGGCGACAGCAUGAGCCGCGAUUUCAAACCCGGGGACCUGAUCUUCGCCAAGAUGAAAGGCUAUCCCCAUUGGCCAGCCCGGGUAGAUGAAGUUCCUGAUGGAGCAGUCAAGCCACCUACAAAUAAAAUGCCUAUAUUCUUUUUUGGCACUCAUGAAACAGCAUUUUUGGGACCAAAAGAUAUAUUUCCCUAUGCUGAAAACAAAGAAAAAUAUGGUAAACCAAAUAAAAGAAAAGGUUUUAAUGAAGGAUUGUGGGAAAUUGACAACAACCCCAAAGUUAAAUUUUCUAGUCAGCAGUCCCAUCUAGUGAUUAACUCUACAGUUCUUAAAGAAACCACUCAAGAAAGCUGCCCAGAUACUACAGAGGGAAAUGAACAAAAGAUGGGGGCCAAAAGGAGAAAGUCUACAACCCUUAAAGGAUCUUCGAAACAGGAUAAUAUAACCACUGAAGUUGAAAUAGAAGAAAAGGAGAUGGAUACGUCAAAAGAUGAUGAUCCUUUAGAAAAACCUAGCAGUGAAGAUGUGGCGAAAGCAAGUGAUGUACCUGUUCCUAAGGUUGCUCGAAGGGGAAGAAAAAGAAAGGCUGAAAAACAAGCAGAAGCUGAAGAGGCAGCUGCAUUGGCGGCUGCAGCAGCAGCGGCAGCAACAAUGGCAACGACAGGUGCAGUGGCUACAGCUCCAAAAGCAAGCCCUAAAAGAGGCAGGCCUUCUGCUGCUGAAGUAAAGGUCCCAAAACCCAGAGGAAGACCGAAAUUGGUAAAAGCACCUUGUCCUCCUCCUGAGAGCGAUGGUGCUCAUGAGGAAGAGAAGAAUAAGAGAAAGGGAAAUGAAGAAAAACCACCCAAAAAGCAGCAGAAAAGAGAUGAAGAGAGUCAACGGGAAGAAGACAAAGUAAGAAAAGAUUCAGACAAGAAAGAAAGCAAAAAAGAAGUUGAAACAAAGCGGAAGAAUUCUGCUAAAGUGGGGUCAGCAUCAGCUUCUGACUCUGAAGAAGAUGGAGAAGAGCAGGAAGGGAAUAAAAAGAAAAAGGGAGGAAGAAAUUUUCAAGGGCCUCCUAGAAGGAAUAUUAUAAAAGCCCAACAUGAGCGUGAAGUAGCAGAGAGAAAACAUAAGCAGGAAGAACAAAUGGAAGCAGAAUUGCAAAGCAAAGAUGAAAGCAAGAAACCAGAAGCUAAGAAGUUGGAGAAAAAACGAGAAACAUCAAUGGAUUCUCGGCUUCAAAGGAUACAUGCAGAAAUAAAAAACUCGCUGAAAAUUGAUCAUCUUGAUGUAAACAGAUGCAUCGAGGCUCUGGAUGAACUUGCGUCACUUCAAGUAACAAUGCAGCAAGCUCAGAAGCACACGGAGAUGAUUUUGACACUUAAGAAAAUACGAAAGUUCAAGGUCAGCCAGGUUAUCAUGGAGAAGUCCACUAUGCUUUACAACAAGUUCAAGACCAUGUUUCUUGUUGGAGAAGGGGAUUCUGUUCUUUCACAAGUGCUGAACAAGUCCCUUGCUGAACAGAAGCAGCAUGAAGAAGCAAACAAAACCAAAGAACAAUGGAAAAAAGGACCAAACAAGAAAGCUGAAAAAGACAGAGAGCAACCCGGUACAAAGAUAGUGAAUGGGGGUUCUGAUGGUCAAGACGCAAACCAGUCACAACAGAAUGGGGACAGUGCAGAGGAAAAGAGAGAGAAGCUUGAUGCUGGCAAUAAGAAAAAGAUGUCUGGUGAUGGAAGAGACCAAGAGAAGACUAAAGUCUCCACUUCAGAAAAUGAAUGAAUGCAGCCUAUGUUUUUGUAAAGUACAUAUAAAAGAGGACUAUAAGGGUUUGCAUUUGAGAACUAGAUUGCUGAAAGUUUUAAAUAAUUUUAUAAGCAUAGUAUUUUAAUGUGUACAAUUCCGUGGGGGUGGGGUAUGAAGAAUCUCCCCUUCCCUAUUGUUUUUAAAAGUAUUUAAACAUCCUGAUAGCAUUUGGCCCAGUAUUAACAGGCAGUACUCAGUUCAAAUGUAAAGACCAAGUCAAUUUAGAGACUGAAAGUGUUUGUAUGUUUUGACGUUAGAGCUGUAGUAUAUGUUUACCUGACUACUGUAUGUUUGUUUGUUUUUGGUUAAUGACAGGAAAAAUUAAGAUUGCCAAACUGCUCCACUUGUAUAAACCUUUUUCUUUCUCUUCUCUGUGCAUAGUUUUCAGAGUUGUUGUUUGCCAAAGUGUCUGUUAACCAUAUUUUGUAAGAAGCUGAGAGCAUUUUGUAGGAGCUAAACUGUAAUGUAUGAGUAUAUUCAGUCAGUCGUUUAUAAAGAAGUUAGUUUUGUUCUUGAAAGCUACUUGUGCCAAAUUAAUAUGCUCUGACUUUCUGUGGUAUGCUUUUGGUAUUCUAGAUAUCAUACUAAGGAAACUCAAGUGUUUCCAUUGAAAUUAUUAAUGCACAUUGGUCAACAAACACUGUCUUGAGGCAAUUUGUUUUAAAAAUUAAAAGUUUAUGCAGACAAAACAA